UGUAGACAACGAAAGUAAUAUCCAAUUUGUACGUUUUGUCAUCGUGCCAUACCAUGAUUUAGAUUAUGAAUUAUAUAUGAUGCUGUGCUCAUGAAUCUUGUCAGGUUUAUUGCAUAAUAAAACUAUUCUAAGCUAAUUCUAUUCCAUCAUACAAUCGGUUCUACAACUGCAUAUGGUAAUUAAUAUCAAAUAUUGUAUGAGGACAAUGUAUUUCGACAUAUCAUGCUAAGGUAUUUAAUCAUUGUUAUGGAAAGAUCGGAACAUGUAAUAAAUCAUUCUACCUUACUUGGAAAAUCAUUUUUAUAACGGCUAUGUAAACUAACAGCAAUUUGAAAUUGAGAAACGGAAACAGUAUAUUUAGAACGUACAACGAAAUAAAACAAGACGCAAUUUUCCUACUAACAGUUUACGCUACAGUUCAUCAUGUUGUUUUUGAUAUUUGUGUAUGGAACAUUAAAAUCCGGUGAACCAAACUAUCAUUUGAUGCAAAAUGAGACAAGCGGUGUGUGCAUACCACGUGGAAUCGCUUACACAAAGGAAAAAUAUCCUCUUGUAGUGGCAUCUAGAUAUAACAUACCGUACUUACUGGAUAAACCAGGAACAGGGCACAAUGUUCAAGGAGAACUGUAUAAAGUUGACGCUGCUCAGUUAGCGUUUCUUGACAGAUUAGAGUCUCAUCCAAAAUUGUACGUGCGAAAAGAUGUUGUCUUAACCAGAAACAAAGAUGACCCCAGUUCACGGGAGGACAUUGCAGCACAAGCUUACUUUCUUGUGAACUUCAGGCCCCAUUUACUGGAUCUACCAAUGUAUGACAGUUAUAAAGACAUGAUUGAUGGGAAAAAGUACAUAAAACCCAAGGAUCGUGAUGUUCCAGCACCGUUGUGGUGGUACGAAAUACAUACUGGUUAUGAAGAAGAAAUAUAAUGUAUUAUUCUGUUCAUAACGUUUAUAGUGCGAACAAAUACUGUAGAUCAGGUAUUAUUAACCCUCACCCUGCUAAAUUUCUAUAAUGAACUUGUCCAUCUCUCAAUUUGAACAGUACCAUUAACUGUUAAAAGGGGUGCUUAUCAGAAAGACACUGACUGAAUGGCGAACAGUGCAGAUCUUGAUCAGACUGCACGAAUGUGCAGUCUGAUCAUGAUCUACACUGGUCGCAAAGGUAGAAUCAGUCGUGUCCAGCAUGGUAAGGGUUAAAGUAGCGAAGGUUUUAUUUUCUGAUAAAUUCGCGAAUAAAGUUCAACGCCAAUUAUAUACUCGCGAAUUAUAUCCAGAAUUAAAAUUAGCUACAAAGUGCGAAUUUUGACAACGCAAGGAUGUUUAAUGUCGACCAAGUCGCGAAACAAAAGUAGCUCGAAAAGUAUCUAAUAUAAAGUAAGUGCUUCUGCAUUUAUUUUACCGUGACAGGACUGUUGUUUUUAAAGUAUGUUAUACUAUCAUUAUUUUUCUGUCAUGUAUUAUGUUGUCAAAUGUGAAUAAAAAGAAUUAAGCGAUAAGUUUCAGUAUUUUUUAUUGUUUUUAGAAAACAAAAGGAAUUGAAAAUAGUUAAUAUUCGCGCAAACACCAUAGAUACGAGAUUUCAAAUGCUGUAUUUUAUUUUUGAUGGGUUUUACAUCACAC